AUGCCGUUAAACCUUGGCGAUACUGUCCCAGACUUCUCCUGCGACUCCUCCGUCGGUCAAAUCCACUAUUACGAUCACGUCGGCGACGAACAUUGGUCCAUCUUAUGUUCGCACCCGAGUGAUUUCACCCCGGUGUGUUCCACGGAACUCGGGACGUUGGCGAAACUUUUACCGCAAUUCGAACGAAGAAACUGCAAAGUUUUAGCGUUAUCUUGCGACAACGCGGAGUCGCACCGCAAAUGGAUCAAAGAUAUCGACGCGAGCGGGUAUUGCGGGAAAACCACGUCCACUGUUUCGUACCCAAUCUUAGCGGAUGAAGAGAGAGCGUUGGCGGUGAAAUUUGGCAUGUUGGACCCGGAGGAAAAAGACGAGAAAGGGCAACCGUUGACGUGUCGCGCGGUGUUUAUCGUGGACGAUCAUAAGAAGUUACGCGCGACGAUUUUAUACCCGGCGACGACGGGGAGAAACUUUUACGAGAUUUUACGAGUGGUGGACUCGUUACAGUUGACGGACGAGUAUCCCGUGGCGACGCCGGCGAAUUGGGAGAGAGGCGAGAAAGUGUGCGUGACGCCGUCCACGCCGGACGAGGUCGCGCAGGUAGUUUUAGGGGACUUUUCAGUCGUGAAAGUACCGAGUGGGAAGAAAUAUUUGAGACUGUCGAAAGAUCCGGGGUAUAAAACGCCGAAAGUUUUGAAGAGAGGGAUGGUGGAGACGAUUUUAGGGACCGAGUAUGGCGCCAAGUUGUUGCCGACGCUCGGGCGAUUGGUCGUCGCGUUCGCGCUGGGCGGCUUUUCUUCCUCGUUCGCCUCUUCAAAGAAAAAAGAGAAACCUGUUCACACUACUCCUCAAACGAGUGGGUGGAAGAAGAGAUGA